AUGCAUCUGAGAGGAAACAGGCUUUUGGAAACCAUCGAUAGUUCAAAAAUGGUGUCGGAUGAGAAAAAGGCAAAAGCCAUGAUAUUUUUACGACACCACAUCCACGAUGGUUUAAAGGAUGAAUAUAUUACAAAAGAGGAUCCUUGUGACCUCUGGAAAUCUUUAAAAGAGAGGUUCGAUCAUCAGAAAUAUGUGAUCUUACCGGAAGCUAAACACGAGUGGAUCCAUCUCCGGUUCCAGGAUUACAAAAGUGUUAGUGAGUUUAAUUCCGCGAUGUUAGGAAUUACUUCGAGGAUAAUGUUAUGUGCAGAGAAAAUAAUUGAUUAUGAUAUGAUCGAAAAAAUUCUCUCUACGUUCCAUCCUGAAAAUGUAAUCAUGCAGCAACAGUACCAGGUGAAUGGAUAUACCCGUUACUCGGAGUUGAUGCAAGUCCUCCUUGUUGCGGAGAAGAAUAAUCAACUCGUGACUUUAAACCAUCAAGCUCGUUCCACUGGACGAGGUCAUGGACGUGGUGAAAACCGUUAUCAUGGUCGUAGAAGAGGACGAGGAAGAAAAUUUCGUCCCUAUGAUGAAAGAGAUAACAAGAACUUCCACGAAAAUGAAAAGAAUGAAAAGGGCCAGGAUGAUAAAAGGCAAACGGGAAAGGUUUGCUACAGAUGCGGCAUGAAAGGUCAUUGGGCACGUAAUUGUCGUACACCAAAACAUUUAGCCGAUCUGUAUAGAGAAUCCCAAAAGGGAAAAGAGAAAGGAAGAGGUGAAACUAACUUCAUCUCUGAUGAACCUGGGCCAUCCUUUCAUGGUUUAAACGAUGAUACUCAUCUCGACGUAUCAGACUUUCUGGUUGAGCCAGAGAGUAUCAAUGAGUGA